AUGGAGGAGGAUUGGCCACUCAAGUUCCAUGUGGUGAAAGAGAGUUUGAGUUGGAGAGAAGCUCGGCAGACCUGCAGAGAGGAGUUCACUGACCUGGCCACCAUUUACAACAUGGCAGAGAUAAAUGAGAUCAAGAGAGUGAUGCAGGCUGCAGAUGUGGGAGACGGGUGGAGGGUCUGGAUUGGGUUGAGGCAGGGCAGAUGGCAGUGGACUCUGGCUGCUAACUCACGACGCAUUACCACAGGGAGAAACUUCACACACCCCUUUGUGCUGGUUGAAGAUGGGAAGAACUGGACAGAAGCUCAGAGAAACUGCAGAGAGAAACACACAGACCUGUCCACCAUCAGGAACCAGGCUGAGAAUGACGAGAUCGUAGGUCUACUUACAGGACAAGAAUACCAUGUCUGGAUCGGCCUUUUCAGAGAUGCCUGGAAGUGGUCAGAUGGCAGCAGCUCCACCUUUCGCCACUGGGUAGUUGGGCAAACCAGCCAUAUGGAGGUGGUGUCUCCUCAGCCUCCCUUUUACUAUGGAGAAGAAGUCAUCCUCAGGUGUGACAUACCAGAGUACAAAGGACAGCAUCAGUAUGUUUGGCUAAAGAACAACAGCCCAGUUUCUAAUCAGACCAACCAGACCAUCAUCAUCAUCCACCCAGGUCACUACCAAUGCCAUAGAGAUAGAAGCGGUUCUUCAGUGGAACCCUACAUGAGCAAACCUGUUGACAUUAAAUACCAGGAUCUCCCUGCUUCUACAGUGGAGGUGGUGUCUCCUCAGAGUCCCUUUUACUCUGGAGAUAACGUCACCCUGAAGUGCAAUGCAAUGAACUACACAGACUGGUAUCAGUAUGUUUGGUUUAAUAAGAGCAGUGAAGUUGUUGAUAAGACCAGUCAGACCAUCAUCAUCACACUCCCCCUAGAGGCAGACAAGCUGGUGCUGGUUCAUCAAAAUAAGACCUGGUUGGAUGCUCUGCAGUACUGCAGACAGCACCAUGUGGACCUGGUGUCUGUGUCCUCUGAGAAGGUCCAACGCUGGGUGGAGGGGUGGGCUAAAGGAGCCUCAUCUCCCCACGUGUGGCUAGGCCUGCGCUACCAGUGCAGCUUUGGCUUCUGGUUCUGGGUCAGUGGAUACUCCGUCUGCUACGACAACUGGGCCUCAGAUGCAGACAGAAUGCCGGGCUGUGACAUAGCUGGGGGGGCAGUCGGAAGAGACGGGGGCCAGUGGGUCAGCCUGCAAGAGACUCAGGCACUCAACUUUAUCUGCACCGAUGAUGAGUGUGUGUCGCAGGUGGCAUACGGGGAGAAUGCGAUUGUUUUGGGGAAGCUGGGGAAUAUCCUCUAUUCUCUAGCCAUCAUCGGGAUGGAACUGUGCCUUGCAAGGUUUUGUUUUGAGGAACAGACAGUUCUGGACGGCAAGAAGAACCUAAUCAACUCUCUGCAAUUCCAUAAGGUGGUCAAUAAGAAGACCUGGAAAGAAGCUCAGCAGUACUGCAGAAAGGAGUUCACUGACCUGGCCACCAUAGACAACAUGACAGAGAUAGAUGAGAUCAAGAGUAUGAUCCAGGAUGACCACGAUAUGAAGCCUGAGGAUGGGGUUUGGAUUGGGCUGAAAUGGAAUGGGAGCAGUCUUAAGUGGCAGUGGUCUCUGGCUGAUGAGGGAUUCAAUGGAGAGAAUGAAGCCAAGUUCCGGAACUGGGAUGGCGAGCAACCUGAAGGUCGUGCUGGUGAAGACUGGGCAAAUUCCACUCAUCCCUAUGUGCUGGUUGAAGAGAAGACAAAUUGGACAGAAGCUCAGGAAUACUGUAGAGAGAAACACACCGACCUGGCCAGCGUGAGGAACCAGACAGAGAAUGCCAAUAUCACAGGUCUACUUACUGGACGAAAAGGCCAUGUCUGGAUCGGCCUGUUCAGAGAUCCUUGGGAGUGGUCAGAUGGCAGCAGCUCCUCCUUUCGUCACUGGGACGUUGGAGAACCCAACUAUGGUGACGCUAACCGGCAAUUCUGCACACAGGUUCGGAAAAGUGGAUUGUGGAAUGACGUAGGCUGCCACAAUGACGCUACAUUUAUCUGCUAUGAAGACAAGCUGGUUCUGGUUCAUCAGAACAAGACCUGGAUGGAGGCCCUGCAGUACUGCAGACAGCACCAUGUGGACCUGGUGUCUGUGUCCUCUGAGAAGAUCCAACGCUGGGUGGAGGGGUGGGCCAAAGGAGCCUCAUCUCCCCAUGUGUUUCUAGGUCUGCGUCACUCCUGCACUUUUGGCUUUUGGUUCUGGGUCAAUGGAGACUCUGUCUGCUAUGACAACUUUGCCUCAAAUGAGCAGAGAAAUCCGCAGUGUGCAGGGGGAAAUACGCCGCAUGUGGGGUCAGUCAGAAGAGACAGGGGCAAGUGGGUCAGCCGGCCAGGCACUGAGAAACUCAACUUCAUCUGCACCGAUCAUGAGUGCUGCUGCGACUGCUGUCCACCCGGAUGCAGCAAGUGCGCAUCGGGCUGCGUGUGCAAGGGCAGAGCCUGUGACGCCAGCUGCUGUCACAAACAAAAUGCAGAGUUAACAUCUUCUAAAAAGUUCUAUGUAGUGAAGGCGAAUAAGACCUGGACUGAAGCUCAGCAGUACUGCAGGGCACGGUUCACUGACCUGGCCACCAUAGAUAACAUGGCGGAGGUGGACAAGAUCAAGAGUAUGAUGAUCCAGGAUAAAGAUAUUGGGGUGGGGGUCUGGAUUGGGCUGAAAUGGAAUGGGAGCAGUCAGUGGCAGUGGUCUCUGGCUGAUGAGGGAUUCUAUGGAGAGAAUGAAACCAAGUUCUGGAACUGGGAUAUUGGGCAGACAGACAGCAGGCCAGGUGAAGACUGUGGGUGCAUUGACCAGGAGGGGAAAUGGCACAAUUGCACGUGCACUAAACGCUGUGGCUUCAUUUGCUACAAUGAGACAAAUUCCACUCAUCCCUAUGUGCUGUUUAAAGAAGAGAAAAACUGGACAGAAGCUCAGAGAUACUGUAGAGAGAAACACACCGACCUGGCCAGUGUGAGGAACCAGACAGAGAAUGACGAGAUCAAAGAGCUAGUUAGCAGCAGACCAGGAAACCCGACCACUGGUACCACACUCUUCUGGAUCGGCCUGUUCAGAGAUGCCUGGGAGUGGUCAGAUGGCAGCAACUCCACCUUUCGCAACUGGAGAGCAGGAGAACCCAAUGGUGGUAACACAGAUCAAUACUGCACUCAGAUUUUGAAUUUGAAAUUGGAUUUUGGAUUGUGGAAUGAUGUGGGCUGCCAUAAUAACGCUACAUUCAUCUGCGAAGACAAGCUGGUCCUGGUUCAUCAGAACAAGACCUGGAUGGACGCUCUGCAGCACUGCAGACAGCACCAUGUGGACCUGGUGUCUGUGUCCUCUGAGAAGAUGCAACGCUGGGUGGAGGGGUGGGCCAAAGGAGCCUCAUCUCCUCUUGUGUGGCUGGGCUUGCGUCACUCCUGCACCUUUGGCUUUUGGUUCUGGGUCAAUGGAGACUCUGUCUGCUACGACAACUUUGCCUCAAAUGAGCAGAGAAAUCCACAGUGUGCAGGGGGAAAUACGCAGCAACAACAUGAGGCCUCAGGUGCUCCUCAGUCCAAAGAGGCGGCGGACACGACACACUGCAAAGUCUUCCCUGACAUCAUCUGA